AUGAGAGGUUACAUAAAAUCUAGCAACUUUAAAACAGGCGCAGAGCUUGGUGUAUAUAUUUAUAUAGGAGUUACUAUUGCAAGCUUAUGCAUCGCACCAUUUGUUUUCAUUUUUGCUCCUUAUUUAAUUCUACCAUUCGCUUUACUAGUAUCAAAACCCGUUGCUUGGAUUGCACUUGGAGCUAUUUUUAUAGUAGCAUCUGGAUUAACUUUUAGCACUAUAAAACCUUUAUUAGAUGCUGCAAAGGAUUCUUUGAAGAGAAGAAAAAUUCAAAAAAAAGGAUUUGUAGGACUAGAAACAUUAGAUAGCAAGAGUUUUAAGGUUCCAACAAAGAGCAGUCUAAGUAGUUCUAAAAUUUCUCUUGAUACACAAAAUAGCACAAGUUCAUUGAGCGGCCUUAGUAGCUUUUCAUCAGAAGUUGAUCCUGAACAAUAUGAUGCAACUUAUGGGCAACAAGAUUUAGUUAAUCAAACACAAGCAGGUAAUUAUAAUUACCUUUUACAGUAUGCUGAUGUAGGAGCUUUAGCACGUAUUGUACAAGGCCUAGAACCACAAGCACAUGAAAUUGUUGGAUCAACUGAUCAAAUAACAAAACAGCUAAAUAGCUUUAAAAAAAACAUAGAGAAAAAUGAGGGAAGUAAAAGAUUAAUAUUCAUUGUCAAUAUACACAAUGGUCACUGGGUAACGUUAGCUGUUAAUCACGAUGGCAAACAAUUUAAUGCCUAUUAUUAUGAUUCACUAAAUGGCAAAAAGUUUAGAUCAACGUUUACAAAGAUACUAAAAAGGGAGUUAGGUAUGAAUGAAAGUAAUAUAAGGUUUUUUAAUGAAAAAAUUCAAGAUGAUGGUAGCAAUUGUGGAAUAUUUGCUUUAGAGGCAGCGAGUAGAAUCAACCAAAUGCUGGACAAAGGUAUAUCUUUUGAUGAUAUGGAUACAGUAUUAUUGGAAUUUAAACCAAAAGCUAAAGAACUUAGAAAUCAACUUGCUGAAAUAUUAAGCGCUGACGAAGAAAGAUCUGAGUUUACUGUUACAGAUGUGUCUAAAAGCACAAAUUCCCAUGUUUGUCCAAAUAAUGUAUCUUUAUGUCAUAUAGUAUAG